CAACGCGGCGUAGUUCGAAAUAUUUAACAACAACAUAAAACUAGACCGGCAAAGUAAUACUUCUUUUUUUUUUUGGAUUAGAUAAAAACUCCGCGGCAAAAUGGUUGUAAACUUCAAAGUUUUUAAGAAAUGUGCGCCGAACAACAUGAUCACGCUCUAUAUGAAUAGGCGUGAGUUUGUGGAUUCGGUGACGCAAGUGGAGCCGAUCGAUGGGAUCAUUGUGCUGGAUGAUGACUACGUGCGUCAGAACCGCAAGAUCUUCGUGCAGCUUGUGUGCAACUUUCGCUAUGGACGCGAAGAUGAUGAAAUGAUUGGAUUGCGUUUCCAAAAGGAGCUGACGCUUGUCUCGCAACAGGUGUGCCCGCCCCAGAAGCAGGACAUACAGCUGACCAAGAUGCAGGAGCGUCUGCUUAAGAAACUGGGCUCCAAUGCAUUCCCCUUUGUCAUGCAAAUGCCUACCAGCUCACCGGCUUCGGUGGUGCUGCAGCAGAAGGCGAGCGAUGAGAGCCAGCCCUGCGGUGUGCAAUACUUUGUGAAGAUCUUUACGGGCGAGAAUGAUUGUGAUCGUUCUCAUAGACGCAGCACCAUUAACCUGGGCAUACGCAAGGUGCAGUAUGCACCCACCAAGCAAGGCAUGCAGCCCUGCACGGUGGUGCGCAAGGACUUUCUUUUGUCACCCGGAGAGCUGGAGCUGGAGGUGACACUGGACAAGCAGCUGUAUCAUCACGGCGAGAAGAUAUCGGUCAAUAUUUGUGUACGCAAUAACUCGAACAAGGUUGUGAAGAAGGUCAAGGCAAUGGUGCAGCAGGGCGUCGAUGUGGUACUCUUCCAGAAUGGACAAUUCCGCAAUACGAUUGCCCAUAUGGAGACCAGCGAGGGCUGUCCACUGAACCCCGGUUCCAGCCUGCAAAAGGUCAUGUAUCUGGUGCCCACACUGGUGGCCAAUUGUGAUCGGGCUGGCAUUGCCGUUGAGGGCGAUAUCAAGCGCAAGGACACAGCACUGGCCUCGACCACGCUCAUUGCCAGUCAGGAUGCUCGUGAUGCCUUCGGCAUUAUUGUUUCAUAUGCGGUUAAGGUAAAGCUCUUUCUGGGCGCUCUGGGCGGCGAGCUGUGCGCUGAGCUACCCUUCAUACUCAUGCACCCUAAGCCCAGCCGCAAGGCACAGUUGGAAGCUGAGGCAUCCAUUGAGGCCUAAACAUGCAGCUACCUCAACUUAAUCGAA